CUUUGCCCUCCUCAAUUCAUCAACCCAUGUCCCUCCCCCGCUAUCUCCGCAGCCUCAGACCAAAUCUCACCAACCCAUGGCGCGCAUACUCCUCACUUAACCGGUCCAUCCCCUUCAACUUCUUCGCCGGCUACACCGUCGCAAACAUGACUUCCGCGACGUUUCCAGCAACAUCCUAUGCGCCAAAGUACGACAAUUGGCCAUAUACAGACUCAGAUUUCGUGCGAUAUGACGAGAAUGACGAUGGCGUAUUUUACCGACAACCCAGACUAGUCACGCAUAUCGAUGACCCGUCGAUAGCCCGGUUGACGCAGUACUACGAUACUGUGCUGCCGAAGAGUGGGAAGAUUAUGGACAUGUGCACGAGUUGGAAGUCGUUUUAUCCAUUGUCGGUCAAGGAGGCCAUCCAGAAGGGAGAGGUCGAGGUUUAUGGUGUCGGACUCAACGCGGAGGAGAUGGUGGUUAAUGGCGUGUUCCAGGGCCAGGAUCGCUGGCGCGUGCUGGACCUGAACAAGCCGCCACACGACGUACGCACUGCAUGGGAAAACGGUCAGGACCUUCAGUUCGAUGCAACGACAUGUGUCGUCAGUAUCGACUAUCUCAACAACCCGCUAGAGGUUUGCAAGAAGCUUCUGGAGGCCACGAAAGAGGGUGGUAGCGUUCACCUCGUGAUCAGCAACCGGUGCUUCCCAAACAAAGUGGUCAGGAGGUGGAUGAUGCUAGAUGAGCGCUCGCGACUCGAGUUUGUGGGUGAUUAUCUCCAUUUCGCGGGAUGGAAGGAUGUGCAGAUUGUGGAUCUUUGCGCGAGGGAUGAAAAUGGCAUGCGCGUCACUGAUGAUCAGGGGACAGUGCUUGUGAGUUCGCAGCGACUUCCAGAUCAUUUGGAUCCCUUAUGGGUAGUGCGUGGAACGAAGAAGUCGUAAGACAGGUAUCUGGGGAGGGGGUAUACUGGCAAAAUUCAUAAAACCGCAUCGUAGGCAUGUCCGCACUUUGCCUGUAGCAAC